AUGGGUCUCUUUCGCUCCAACAACCGCGCCACGAACGAGAACCUCCCUCCCUCUGCUCCUCCUGCCUCACACACAACUGUCACGACCACUACCUCGACUCCUCACGGCGGCGGGCCCGGCUUGUUCGGCAAGCGCAAGAGCGUCUCGAGGACUACGUCGCCCGAUGUCCAGCCGGUGAAUGGGAACAGGCAGGGAGGAUUGUUGGGGAAGAAGAGGGGGAGUGGGUCGUCGAGCGAAAGCGAGGGAGUGCUAUCGGGACACAGGUUCUCCAAGCACGACACGCUCGCUGGCGCCCGCACGAAGCUUCAGGCCGCUCAACAGGCUGAAUCCGCAGCUGAUGCCGCCCUCCUUCGCGCCCGUCAAGCCGUCAAGGAAGCUCGCGCCGAGAUCAUCGCGCUCGAAAGGGAGGCGGAGGCUGAAGCGAAGGCUGCGAGGGAGAAGCAGAGGAUGGCCAAGAACUUCAGGCGCGAGGGAGACAAGCUUGGAAGGCAUUCGUAG